AUUCUGUCCGUACCGGGGAAAAGAAAAUUUUACUCUUGCGGGCAGCAAAUGGCGACUGCCGAGUGACCGAGAAAAUUUUCCCGGGAAAAUCGAGUGGAUAAGAGAAAACGAGGAAUCAGAAUCUGAAUCUCACUUGAGAGUGUUUGUCUCCUUCUGUUUACACUCAGCAAUUGCGAUACGCUUUAAUGGCUAUCUCUUCAUUGAGCUCGGACGACGCAACUUCGUAGUUAAGCCAUUCCGCUUCGGAUUGGAAGUUAUCUCAGGUCUUCGGCCCCAUGACUUUCAGCACUGGCGCUUCUCCUUCCGCCUUGGAUUGGAAGUUCUCUCAGGUCUUCGGCGAACGAAGCCCGGGAGAGGAAGUUCAAGAUGUUGACAUCAUAUCUACAAUUGAAUUCGACAAGAGUGGUGAUUAUCUUGCAGUUGGAGAUAAAGGCGGUCGUGUUGUAAUUUUUGAAAGGAAGGCUAAUAAAAAUGUUUUAAGGGAGCGCUACACUCCAAAUGAGUUGGAACAACUGAAUUUUGUGGACAGACAGCAUCCUGAAUUCCAAUAUAAAACUGAAUUUCAGAGUCAUGAGCCUGAGUUUGAUUAUCUGAAGAGUUUGGAGAUUGAAGAGAGGAUCAACAAAGUGAGAUGGUGCACAACACCUAAUGGAUCACUGUUUAUUCUUUCAACAAAUGAUAAGACAAUAAAACUGUGGAAGGUUAAGGAACAGAAAGUGAAGAAAGUCAAAGAAAUGGACACCAAUUCAUUUGUAGUCACGGAAAAUGUGCUCUUGUCUGAAAAGAGUUUUGUUGGUGUGCAACACAAUCCAUCUUUCAAUAAUGGUUAUUUAUUAGAAUGGACUGGAAAAAUAGCCAACAGGUCUUUGCCAUCUCAUCAAGGGCAUAUCAAGGCAGCGAACAUUGGGGAUUUUGCUUGUUCAAGAUGUCGGAAGGUGUUUGCUCAUGCCCAUGAUUUUAAUAUUAACUCUAUCUCAAAUAAUAGUGAUGGUGAGACAUUUGUUUCAGCAGAUGACCUUAGGAUAAACUUGUGGAAUCUUGAGGUCAGUGGUCAAUGUUUCAACAUCAUUGACAUGAAGCCUUCACACAUGGAGGAUCUUACAGAGGUCAUAACAUCUGCUGAAUUUCAUCCAUUUCAUUGUAAUCUGCUCGCAUACAGCAGUUCAAGGGGUUUUAUUCGGCUAGUAGACAUGCGGCAGUCUGCAUUAUGUGAUCAUAGUGCAAGAAUAUUAAGAGAAGAGGAACCCCGAGGCUCUAAAUCAUUGUUCACAGAAAUAAUAGCAUCCAUAUCUGACAUAAAGUUUUCCACAGAUGGAAGACAUAUCCUAAGCCGUGACUAUAUGAAUUUGAAGCUAUGGGAUAUGCGCAUGGAGACUUCUCCUGUUGUGUCAUACAAGAUCCAUGACCACCUCCUCCCAAAGCUGUGUGAUUUGUAUAACAAUGACGCAAUAUUUGAUAAAUUUCAUUGUUGCCUUAGUGGGGAUGGACUUCGUUUUGCAACUGGAUCUUAUAGCAAUUUAUUGUGCAUCUUUACCCACGGAGUUGGAAAUGAAGAAGGGGUCAUGAUGGAGGUCAGCAAAACUCCCUGCAGGAGACCACAUCUUCAACCCACUCCGAGGGCUAGAAGGUCAUCACUCAGCAACUUGGCUCGAGGGUUUUACAGACCAGGUCACGAAAACUCUAGAUUGGGAAGUAGUGAAUUUUCCCAUGACUUCAGUUCUAAACUACUACAUCUGGCUUGGCAUCCAAGAGGGAACGUGAUUGCUUGUGGUGCUGGGAAUAGCUUAUUCCUGUACUACGCAUAGUUUGAGACACUUUUUAAGUGCUUCUUAAGAAUAUGGCCUAUCAAGUAAUACUUGUUGGUGUCACGUUCUAGUAAGAUAUUUGUUCAGAGGACACAAUCCAGAAUUGCAAUCCCGCUUUUCUUCUCCAGAGGAUUGGCACAAAGGCUUUUAUGUGCCUGCUUACCUAGAAGUUAGAAGAACCGAACCUCUCAUCUCAACUAGAUUUGGUUGGUUAGUUGGUUGGACUAGAUAGGGUGAAAUGAUUAUGUUUUAGGCAUUGGCCAAUCAACCAGAGAGUAAAUUUGACUAGAUCAGAUACUAGGUAGGUAGGUAGGUUUGACUAUUGAUUAGCCAAAAGGUUUGCCAAGGGUUUUUGGUCCUAGGACCAUGCUAUUGGUACUCCAUGAGCUACACAAUGUAUCAUAAAUGACAAAAAUACCCUUCGCGUCUCACCGCCUUGAGUGAGGGGUAGUUUGGACACUUCAACUAUAUUAUGUAGCCUAUGGUGUAACUCAUAGAAUACCAAUUUCGUUUUCCUUCU